AUGGAGUCAGAGGAUGAUCAUGUUUAUAUUCCUCAAGUAAAGGCAGAGUUGAUGCCUAAAUUGCACCAAGAGUUUGAAACAAUAGAUGAUGUUGCUGCUUUCUACAAUAGAUAUGCAAAAGAAGCAGGGUUUAGUAUCAGAAGUCAUUCUAGUGCAACCAACAAAGAUAAUACCCAACUUAUGAGGAAGGAGUAUGUCUGUUAUAAGCAAGGAACUUCCAAAGUUGAAGGAGAAAAACGUAAGAGAGGAUUACCAAAAGUGGGUUGUAAAGCAAGAAUUGCAGUUGUGAGAAAGGAGUCUGGGAGAUAUGCAAUCUCUGUAUUUGUUGAGGGUCAUAACCACCCAUUAACAAGCCCACCUAGAGUACAUUUGUUGAGAUCUCAUCGCCGUGUUUCAAAAGUUAACACAGUUCUAUCACAACAACUAAGCUUGGUAAAUGUUCAGAAACAUACACAGUUUGAAUUCUUUGGUGUUCAGGCAGGUGGCAUUGAGAAUAUUGGUUGUACACAGCGUGAUCUGUAUAAUUAUGGAAGAACUUGUCGUGAAGCGAAGAAAGGGCAUGAUGGAGAUCUAUUGUACAUGCAUUUUCAGAAUGAGAAAGAAAAAGAUUCUUCUUUUGUCUAUACAAUAGAGUCAGAUGAGGAAAACAGAGUAACAAGGUGCUUUUGGGCUGACUCAAUUUCAAGACGAGCUUACAGCUUUUAUGGAGAUGUAGUUAUCUUUGAUACUACAUACAACACAAAUCGGUAUGGAAUGAUUUUUGCACCAUUCACUGGUGUUAAUAAUCAUGGGCAGACAAUCAUCUUUGCUUGUGCAUUCUUAAAUGAUGAGACAGCCGAUUCUUUUGUUUGGUUAUUCAAGGAACUUCUAAAUGCUAUGCCAGGAAAUGCACCAGAAAAUGCCCCCAAAAUGCUUAUUACUGACCAAGAUCCUGCUAUGACUAAAGCCAUUUCAGAAGCACUCCCACAAACAUUUCAUAGAUAUUGCAGUUGGCACAUUCUAAAUAAAUUUUCUGAGAAGCUAGAUGCGAUUAAAUAUCGGGAUUACUACCAAGACUUUCAUAGCUGCAUAUGGAAUUCAAGUAGUAGAGAGGAGUUUGACUCAAGAUGGAUUGAAAUUACUGAGAAGAGUGGGUUGAGUGAUAACAAGUGGUUGGAGUCAAUAUAUGAAAUUCGUUCGUCAUGGAUACCAGCACAUGUAAAUCAUGUUUUCUCAGCAGGAAUGUCAAGUAGUCAAAGAGCGGAGAGUCAACAUUCUUUCUUCAAUCAUGUUUUCUCAGCAGGAAUGUCAAGUAGUCAAAGAGCGGAGAGUCAACAUUCUUUCUUCAAGAAUUAUGUUUCUGAUCAGAAUUCGUUGGUGGAAUUUAUGGUUCAGUUUAAGAGGGGACUUCUUCACCAACGCCAUUAUGAGUUAGAGGAGGAUCAUAUUAAUAUUGAUGAGAAGCCAAAAACUGUCAUGUCCCUUGACAUAGAAGAUCAUAUGGCUAAGGUUUAUACACGUAAGCUAUUUUAUGAAGUUCAAGAACAAUUGAAAGAGUGCUUCAAAUAUAAACUAGAACUUCUAAGAGAAAAUGUCACUCAUUGCGUGUUUAAGGUUAUGCGAAAGAACAUUGAUACUUGUAGAUCUCGUGAACUGACUUACGAAAAAGUUUCUGAUUUUGCAUCAUGCAGCUGUAGAAAGUUUGAGACUGAAGGGCUUCCAUGUCGGCAUGUUUUGUCGUAUUUGAUUAAAAUCCAAGAUGUUGAUAAAUUGCCUAUUCAGUACAUCUUGAAGAGAUGGACUAAAGCUGCAAGACAGAGUCUUGUGUUAGAUUCUGAUGGAAUGGAGGUAAAAGAUAACAAAGCUUUACUUGCAAGGAGGACGAAACUAUUUCAGCAUGCUACAGAUGCAAUUGAUAAGGCAAUGGUGAGUGAUGAAGCUAGUCAGCUCUUUAUGGAAUGCUUGGAUGCUUUCUUGGAGAAUCUUAAAACAUUGAUUGGUAAUGAAGCUAGAGAAAGUGCAGUAGUUUUGGAGACCAAGAUUGAUGCUAUUCAGCAUAUUUUUAAUGAACCAAAUCAAGUGAGGGCCAAAGGGUGUGGGAGAAGGUUGAAAAAAAGGAAAAGAGAAGAGGAAAGUUAA